UUUUUAUACUUUAAUUUCUGAUGAGAUUAAUGGCAAAUUCUAUUAGUAUGCUGAAUAUCCAGAAUCUUCAAGUACAAUCGAUGUUAUUAUUUAGGUCCGCUUGAAAAACUAUUACAACUAUCCUCCGACACUCUCCAUCGGAUGGGGUAGUCAAUCGGACAAGCGUGUGAUCUCAGAUUUCGAAAUACUGAACGUUUCACAUUACAUAACCUACUACAGGCACGGUAACACCACGUCGCUGGAACCAUUAACAGCAAAUGAAAUGGCGGUCGAUUCUGCAUACGACUAUUUACAUCAGAAGACACAGCAUUAUGUUCACAGUCAGUAUGCUGCUGCCUUGCUUGGUAUGAGCAUCACUUCAGUUGAUCCACAGUUCACAAACACACCGCUCCAUCUCUAUAGUCCACCCAGACCUUGGCACGAGGUUUCCGAGUGA